AUGCUCUCAAGUAAUCCUGCUAUUAGACCUACAGCUGAGUAAUGCUUAAAGUUGAAUCAGAUGUCUUAAAAUGACUUCCUAUUUAAUAAUUUGGCAGAAAAGUAAACUGAAGACAUUAAAAUUAAUUACAAUAAAAUAGUUUGGGAAAACAGAGGUAGUAAACUGCAAAUAUAUAAGAACAUGGGCUCAUUGAAUUAGACUAGCCCUCAUUUAAAUAUUUCUCAAACAGCAGAUUAAAGACCUUAAACAAAUGGCAUUAAAUUUAUUUAAGAAAAGUUUUAGAAUAUUUAGGUAACCCCUGAACCAAGCUUGAGCAGAUUUUAAUAAGAAUCUCAGGAAAAAUCAAUACAAGAUUAGAUAAACUGUUCAAAAUUCCAAUCAGUCCAUGCUCUUGCAUCUAAUCUUUGCUCAAGUAAUGAUGAAAAUGAAGGAAAUUUUUCUGUAGAUUAUUUAGAUGAAGAUUAAAAAAUGACGAAUAACUUGAAUCGCUUGGCGAUAGUAGACGUCUAAGAUGAAAGCAAGUAAUUAUAUACUAAAAAUCAGACAAGAUGCUAUAGAAUUUUUGAAUGA